AUGCAGGCGCCAGUGCCAAGGAUGUCAUGGAGAACAAGGCCCAAGAGUGCCAAAAAUGUAGUUCUCCCCGGGCAAACAAAGAGCGAAACCGCCCCGGCAGAAAAACCCAAUGACCAACUAAAUUUGGGAGCGGAGACCAAUUCCGAAGCUGGCCUUAUUUCCGAAGACGGUCCCCAAAUGGUUUUCGACGAUGAGGGAAACGAGGUGGAAUCCAGCGUUGCAGAGAAGCCCAAAUCACAGAAGAAAGUGCUUUCUCCUGAAGAGCAAAAAGCACGUGAACAGCGAAGAGCAGAGUUGAAAAAGAAGUUGGCCAGUAAAAUCAGCUUGUUGAGGGAGAAAAGAAAGGCUCCCGGAACCAAGACUGGUGGUCCCGUUAAAUCGAGGGAACAAAUGUUGGCAGAAAGAAAGAAAAGACAAGAGGCAAAGAGACAAGAAAAACUCAAAAGAAAGCAUGAAGAUGAACAAGCUGAUUCCAGUUCCAGCUCAAGCUCCGAUGAAGACAGCGACAAGUCUGAUGCGGAAGAUGCUGAAGAUGCAAACGUUCUUUUCGGAAAUAUCGUGUUUAAGGAUGGAAGCCGUGCAACGUCCGAUUUAAGCAAAGUGAGAAGUGGAGUUGCUCAAAAGAAGAAAAAGGGACCUUCGAACAAUGACAUCAAGGCCCACAUGCAAAAGCUCGAGGCCAAGAGAAGAAAAUUGGACAGCCUAACACCGGAGGAACGGGCUAAGCAGGAGGAGAAGGAUAAGUGGCAGAGCCUCAUGUCACAGGCUGAAGGCAUUAAAGUCAAGGACGACGAGAAGUUGUUGAAGAAAGCAUUGAAGAGAAAAGAAAAGCAAAAGCUCAAGAGCGAAAUCGAGUGGAAGGAGAGAAAACAGGUUGUUAAGGACACAAUCGCCGCACGCCAAAAGAGAAGAGAGGCUAACUUGAAGAGCAGAAGAGAAAACAAGGGCAAAAAAGGCAAGCACCAGCCGCGGUUGAAGAAGUUUACUGGCACGGUAAACAAAGGCGGAAAAGGCAAGGACGUUAAGAAACGGGCCGGGUUUGAAGGCAGUGCUAAAUCCAAGGGUAAGCUGAAGUAG